AUCUCUUAACCCGGCGGUCAUUGGAGGAAGGCGAGUGACCUGGACACAGCUUGAGCAUCGGACGAGUAAUUACCUUUUCUGUAUUACCGGUGAAGCUUUGAGACUCAGAGACACUUGCUGCUGGAUAAUGAAGCACUGAAAUAAUGGAAGCAGAAGUUUUAGCACUCAAGUGGAACAACCACCAGAGUAUAUUUUAUCACAUCAUUAGUGGACUGAGAACAAAGGGAAACUACACCGAUGUGACGCUGGCGUGCGAUGGCAAGUUUUACCCCGUCCACAAACUGGUUCUGUCCACAUGCAGUGAAUAUUUCAGUGACAUAUUUGACCGCACACCAUGUAAAAACCCUGUAAUUGUUUUAAAAGACAUCCAGUGCCAAGACUUAGAGUUCCUGUUGGACUACAUGUACAUUGGUGAAGUCAACGUCAGACAGAAUGAUCUUGCCUCACUGAUCAAGGCCGCUGAGUGCCUAAGGAUAAAGGGCCUGGCUGUGCCCGACGAUGAUGGCAGCAAACCCCAGACCCCGAGUGUCAACAGCUCUAGCUCGUCCAGUCACCACCGACCCUCUGACUCCCACUCCCGGGAGCACACCAGCCCGGCAGCCAAAAGACGCCGCACAGAUGAGAGGAGAGUGAGCGGCUCCUCUGUGGAUGCCCCUCUACACAAUCCUCCCUCAGGGGACAGGUCCAGCGAGGAACCUGCCUCCUCCCUUAAUGACCACCAUGACAGGCACCAGCACCACACCCAGCAAAAGGAAAAUGUUGGUGUGGAGGUCAGACUGGAGGCGGAGGAGCCAGUGGCCAUGCCCAACAUCAAGUUAGAGCAAGACCUCGGCUACAAUGACAACUACGAUGCUUCCAUGCAGUCGGGCACACCCAGCUAUGAUGAGGACGGCUACUUGCACACUGCUGAGAAGAACUCUGUCAAUGCCAAGGUGGAGGUGGAGGCAACAUCAGAGGGGAUGGAAGAUGAACUGGGUGUUACCUUUUCUAACAUGCUGCAGUCAUCCAUCUCAAGCACAGAUGGUGUUGAUCACCCUCCUGGUCUUCAUCCCCACGCAAGUCUAGAUGCAUGGGAAGGCGGGGCAGGUGGUCGUGUCAUUCCGGGCCACACCCUGCAGCCCUCCUCUGCCGCCCACACCACGCCACUUGCCACACAGCAGCAGCAGCAAAAGUUUGGCAGUGGUGGGGAGCUUCACUGUCCAAUCUGUGGACGGGCAAGCAGCCGGAGGGACAACCUGGAGAGGCACAUCCGGAGCCAUCUGGGAGACAAGCCAUUCAAAUGCCCCUUCUGUUCCUUCCGCUCUCAACUCAAGUGGAACAUGAAGUCCCACAUAGAGCGGAGACACCCUCAGAACUGUGCCACGCCUCACCAGCAAUGACAUCCUUCCAACAAACGCAACUCAUAGAAUAGUAAUAGCAGUUUACCAGACUAGUAUUUUUAGCCAGAAAAUCAAAUGCUACCGGCCAGAGCUUGAUUCUCAUCUUGUGUUUUGCAGCACAAAAGUUUUACCAUUACAGCAACCCUUAAAUGAUAUUCCCAAGUUAAAAGUUAUAUAUAUAUGUUAAGGAAUUUACUGUAAACAUCUUUAAGGAUGGUAUUCUUAUGGCACAUUGCCAUUUGUACGAAAUAUAUUUGUGUAAUGAAGCUGAUUCACUCUGCCACCAGUGUUUCUGCGGUCUAGGCUUCCAAGUAGCUUUCUGAGGUGAGAAACUUGACCAGUGGUCUGUUGUCUCAAUGCCAUGGGAAGCAUGUGUUCAGGCAGGGUGGCACACUAUAGUUCUAUGCUAUUUAUUUUUUAUAAGUAUCCUAAGUUAUACUGAGAGUCUCAAUUUUAUCAAAAUGUAGAUGCUUUUAAAGUAACAUUUUUAUUUAUUGAUUUUUUUUAUUUUACAAUUUUUAAACCAGAAGUCAUUUUGGUAAGGAGGUUCAUUUCUUUAGUGGCAGCUUUCCCAGUUGUGGCUUUUGUCCCAAGCGCAGAAUAAAUUGGGGCUGUAGCUCUGGCCCUAGCAUCACUUGUGGGGACUCCUUGUCAUAGUUGUUCUCAUCUUAAGCUAAAUCAAAGUUGCACCUCUCCAUCAUCAUAUUUACAACUCUUCUGUUAUCAUAGUGCAUUUAUUUAUCUUCUCUUUUUUAUGACCUUGCCAGACAGGAUUCUUUUCUGCAGCAUUGAAUCAUUACAAACAAUAGCCAGGAAAAGUUUUAUGGUAGUCCCCACAAGUAAAUAGAGCCUCCUUGAAAAACGAACAAACAUUUUGUUUGGUUAAUGAUGCAAGGACCAUAAGUCAAGGUGCAGCAUUCAUUAAGACAAUGGAUAAAUGCAAUUUCCAGUUUCUAAUUACUGAUGAAGCAAUCUUUGGGCAAGGGUGUAGAAAUGAGGCUUUGAGCCAUCUGUCUGAAGCAAAGACUGUGCUCAGGACCACAGACUUGCUGCAGUGCACUAACUGUUCCUCUGUGGAGAUAAUUAUGGCAGUGAGGCAUUACACCUGGCUGGAAUGGCUCAAACAAAGCAAUAAUUUCUUCACUGUUUCAGAGCCAUGGAUACGUCACCCUAUAAAGUGUACCAAUCAGGCCACAUCACCCUAUAAAGUGUACCAAUCAGGCCACAUCACCCUAUAAAGUGUACCAAUCUGGCCACAUCACCCUAUAAAGUGUACCAGUCAGGCCACAUCACCCUAUAAAGUGUACCAGUCAGGCCACAUCACCCUGUUAAGUGUACCAGUCAGGCCACAUCACCCUGUUAAAUGUACCAGUCAGGCCACAUCACCCUGUUAAGUGUACCAGUCAGGCCACAUCACCCUGUUAAGUGUACCAGUCAGGCCACAUCACCCUGUUAAGUGUACCAAUCAUGCCACAUCACCUUCAGAAAAAUCUCAAAGAAAUGUACACUUUUCUGAGAACAGGGUACAGACACAGUGAUCGAUAGUUAACACUGCAGACUGCUGCUUGUCACUGUUAUGUUACUAUAAGUCUCCUUGGGAGUUAAAUGGAUUAACAUCCAUGCAUUCUCGUCUGUGAUCAGGCCUGAGGAUCUCUAUCCUGCCAUCAUUCAUUCAAAAUUUAGACAUAUGUAUUACUAUUAAGCAGUGCAGUGACAUGGUAGGACCUCACCAUAUUAAAAAUUAAUCAAAGUGAACUUCAAACUCAGUACAAAAUUUAAUGUGGAAGUUAAUUAUUACUAUUUAAAGUAGUAGGCUUAGUACAAAAUUUGAUGUGGAAGUUAAUUCAUACUAUUUAAAGAAUUAGGAUUAGGCAAGGGAAAACAAAACGUUCAUUUGUACAGUUGUAUGUGCACUAAUAAUGCUAUUAAUAUAAGAUUAGUUAACUUAUUGAUAUUUUCUAUUUAUGUAUUCUUUUAAUGGCAACCAUAAAGGAAGCUGGUACUCAAUGUGACUAUUACAUCUUUCACUGGGACAGAGCAGAGGCUUUCUCCAAAUGGAAACCUACAGCAGCUGGUAACAAUGUUGGGGAAAUUUCUGUCACAUCAGAGUUACCUGAACAUGUGUAGCUCCUGAACACCUGCCAAACACUGUCUUUAAAUAUUAGGAUUAGUUUUUAAUCUUACACUCAUGCCAAUCACUGUUAAAAGAUAUAUUUUACUUACAAUACUGAAAAUGCAACUGAAUAACGAAAACUGUGUGUAGCUGUUCAAAGCAUCUCAUGCGAAAACUUAAAAACUAUGUACAUUAUCUUUGCUUAAUGGGAAACAAUCUGAAUGUGUUUCCAGAACUGUCAACAUUCCAUUUAUAUCCCUCCUAUUACCUAAGGCAGCUGAAUUUUUAGUUUUGUACUUUUAACCUAAGGUAAUGCAAUUUUUUGUUCAAUUGUGGAGGUUUGGUUUGGCAAGUAAGAGCUGGAAAAACACAGGCCAAAGGUGGUAGUUUAACAUGCAUGCUGUGUAGCUUGUUACUGCUGCUCAUGUAUCUGUUUAAAAAUUUUUGAUGGCAAUGUUUGUAAUCUUCAACACUUGAAUGAAAUAGUCCCAUGAAAUUAGACCAGUUCAUGAUUACUGAGGUGAAAUUAUUAUUGUGGAGCACAACAGGUAGUACAGAGCAUGCAGGAUCUUUGUUAGCCAUUCAGCACAAUUCAAACAGGAAAGUAGACAAGAAUCUACAUGCUAAUUCUCAUGCUAGGGCUUCCACAGGGACCAUAUUAACCAAGCAGCAGUACUCGUUAGUGUGGCAAAACCAUUGGCAAUGCUAUGAAAUUUCAAUAUCUAUUUUCAGUGCAUGAAUUUUGAAUGUUUCAUCCCUUAACCAUUUCCUUUAUAGUUUUGUUAUUUUUCAUGUACUAAAUACAAAAGCUUACUUGCUUUUAUUCCUUCAGUUUACAAAUGCUAUGUAACAAUAACUGCCAGAGGAUAUCUGAUGGGAAUUUUGGCAUUUAUAAGUGUUUUCUAAACAAAGUUGUAAUGAUUUUCUGAAAACUGGUGAUAUGUUGUAUAUAUUACCUGCACAAUAUUUAAUAUACAUAUAUGUACAAGGCAGCUUGAAAUCCAUCCCAAUAGUGCAGCACGUAGCAGUCUUAAUAAUACCAAGCAAGGCAAGAGCAGCUUUCCAUAGUUAAUGUUCCUUCACUACUUUCUAGAUUUUCAAGUUUACUUUAGACUCAAACCCAGAGUCAUGAUUGACAAAAAUAUUAAAACUCAAAACUGUCAUACUGAUCAAAUAAAAUACAUGCAGAUGUUUAUGUAGUCAGCCCACCAAACCACCAUUUCAUAAAAAAUAUUAAUGUUUUUAGCUACUUCUCUGUUCCUUGAUGAAGCUGUAAGAUUUCUAAAUCUAAGAGACUUUGACAUUUCUUGAUUCUGCUGAAUGGAAAAUUUUGUUAAUACAUUUGGCCUGUAAGGUACAAUUCCUCUCAAGCUAAUGGCGUUUGUACCCACCCGGUUCUUCCUCAGCUUUAUGCCUUGUAUCCACACACAUCCUGUUAGUAUUACAGUGCUUCCUUCUGAAAUUAAGUUCAUUUGUAUGUGAAAAGAAUGAAAAUAUUAUAGGUAAGGUCACAGUCACACAUGAUGACUAACCUGUGUUUACUUCCACUGUGCUUUAUAUUUUCUCUCAAUCUUAGAUCCUCUCAUCUGGCAGUCUCCUGACAAAACUAAGCAGAUCAGAGCAUAUAACACUGAGGGCAAACACUAAACACUGUGGAAGUGAGUGGAGUGUGGCAUCACUGUUGACCAUGACUACACGUACAUGACUUAUUUUCAUACACUGUAAAUGCUCCUAACUUAAGAAAAACUACCAGCGUCUGUCAAUCCUUGCCUCUUUAGAUGACUCCUGAGAAAAGUGUAUUAUUUCAGAGAAUGAAAACUUGCAGCUCAAAGUACAUUACUUAUUAUUUUAAAAUCCACGUCAUUUUGUGACUGGGAAAUGUUGCACUCUUUUAUCAGAUAGAAUGAAAGUGGUGAUUUUAUCAUUGUAAAUAAAAUGACAAGUGGUAUUUAUUUUUUGAGUAUUGGAUAAGUGAAGUGUGAGUAGAGAAGACGGUGGAGCACUCUCACCAAAGAACAUGUUAACUUGGUAAGAAACAUAGACGAUACAUGUACUUAAAAGUUUAGUUUCAUGAACCUAUGUUCUCGUCACAUGUGAGGGUAGUUGCCAAAUAAAGACAUGUUUCUU